AUGUCAGAAAGUGAUGGUCGGACUGACACUUGGCUCCAGUCCACCAAAGAGAAAUGUGUAGUUGCGAUGCGUCGAGGCGAUGGAGAACUCAGUAAAGAACUUCACAUUCAAAUUUUGUUAUCAUCAAAUACAAAACAAAACUUGAACCAGUACACUGCGUUGGUAGAAAUUAUAUUGCCCUUUGUCACGACGAAAAAGUCGAUGGAGGUUACAACCCCCUUUCAAAUAAUUUGGUUCUAUAAGAUGUACACACACUUUUUGUGUUCAUUAUUAGACAACGCAUUUCCAUCCACACAAAGGUCGUAUAUCGUCGCAUCAAAAGCUCUUUUCUUUUUACUCAAAACAAGUGUUAUGAUAUCACAGAAACACAUAGUAACACUUUGGGAGCAUAUUGUUAACUGUUUCAAAACGAGAAAAACAGUAGACUUUCUGACAACAGUGUCUUCAACACUUUCGGAGCUUUACAAUUUGACGAUCACUAUACCUGAAAUUGACUCGGUCCUUUUAAACGUCUCGUUUGAUCAAAUGGUGUCUGUGUCGUCGUCACAAGAACGCAGCGCUGUUGUCGAGUUUUUUAGAAUCAUCUCGACAUAUAACCAGAACCAAUUUACCAAUUCAGUAUCUGUUGCAAUGAGCAUCGUCGAGCCGCUUGUUGCUAACACUGAAAUAGCUCAAAUUUGUAACAGAGAAUAUGUGGAUGGAAUGGCUCACAUUCUCAAUAACAUAGAUGUCUAUGGAAAAGACCUUCAAAUGGAGAAUGUGGACGUGAGUGGAGUCGUCUUAUUCUUCACUGAACUACUGAAAGAGGAUUUUCGAUUUUUUAGUCUGUACAACUACUCGAUUGUAUUCAUGACAGUCGGCCUUAUUGGGUUUGGAUUGAAAUCUUCGCAAGUAGAUUCCGUCGACUUAAUUUGUUCUUUUCUCAAGCUUGAAGUUGACGAUACCAACGAGAAGGUCGACAAAUUACUUACAAAUGUGAUAACCAACUUGUACAGCAGAAUUGAUUUUUCUCAAGAGGUACCAGUCACGUUAUACAAUUCGUUUAUUACAAUGACUGGUAUUCUUGCGGAGAAGAAAUGUUCGAUAUAUUCUGAAUUAAGUCAAAAGGGGAUUUUUGAUAACAUUUUUAGAGUAGUGCAAAACUCAAUAACGUCGCACAAAGUUAGAGGAGAAGAAAUUGAAAUGAUGUCGAAGAUUUUAAUAAUAAACAAACAUCAAGUGGACAGAAAGUGGUGGUUAUGUGAGCUCAAAAGGUGGGGGUCGUUACACUUUUUGUCUCAGUUUUUCAUUACAGAAACGACUAAUUUGAGGAACUGCCAAGCGGCAUAUUCAGCACUUGGGAAUUUGAUAUCAUUUUUGGUGUUUAGUCCAAUUGAGAAUUUGAGUGUGAUGAAAGAGUCGCUGUACGCCUUUUUGUCGAUCCCAACGACACUCCCGCCGCGAGUGAAAAGUGCUUAUCUUAAGAAGUUGGAAAAAAUAGAAUGGGAGGAUCUAAUCAAAUUUGAUUCAAUUCACAGACUUCUCCCCGUUGUUCAAGUGAAAACAAUUUUGUUCAGAAUCGUCCACAACUUUUUGGAAGACCCCGACGAGUUUGUGAGACAAACAGCACAGAAGACGUUUGCUGAUAUAGUGUACAUCACCGCUUCACAAAAACCACAAGACUUUGUAUUACGCUUCUUAACAAAAACGGCAUGCGAAACACAGCCACUGUUUCGCCUCACGGCACUGCAAGCGAUCAAUUGUGUGUUAUCAAAGAUGUCGGACUAUUCACAGACACCUUUUCUUAUUUCUCGUUCAGACAAUUCACUCGGGAAGUUGAGCGAAAAGUAUCUACAGAUCAUACAUAACGAGGGAAUGAAUUUGAUCAGGACCUCAAUAGACUCUUAUGGUCGCGGGGGUGGUCUGUCCAUUGUGAAUGGUCUAAUCUCGAUUUCCGAGUGCGUUCAGUUCAUCUCGCGUACGGAGACCACACUCAAAAGAGUUCCAAAAUGUUAUUCGGAAUGUUUUACGUUUUUCAAAAGUGUGUUGUACUGUCUUAUAGAAGUGAUUGGAGUGAAGCAAAGUAAUGUGUUUGUUGGGUAUGAUGAAUCUCGCAAAAAUGUCGUGAACUCGCCCAUUUGGGGAGUUUUGAUACAACACUUGGGGGACUUAGAAAUCAUUUCGAAAACCGUUGAAUCCCCCGUGAACACGUUAGUUCAAAAAACGAUGAUGGCGUUGUCGACAUUAAUUCGAUCGUGUGGACUUGAUGAAAGUGGGGUCACUGAAAUGUGUAAAUACGUGAGGUUAUUUCGCUCUUUUUGCCCUUCAGAAAGUCUUGUGAUGCUUCGUGAAAUAUUAGAAAGUCAGCUGGAAUAUCACACAAUUCAAAUACAAGACAUGAGCAGUAUUACACUUUUGUUUAAAGAAUGGGAUUAUUGGCUUAUGUAUGACACUACGGUGAAAUUCAUUGGAAGUCGCGUUUCGUGGGGUGAUAUUAAUGACACUUCUGUGUUACUUUUGGAAGAGUUUUUAUCACGAGAAACGACCAAUUUUGACUACCGAUGCGCAUUAAUAAAUUAUGGCUAUUUCUUUGUGAGGAUUGGUGUGAUAAUUGGAAGCCCUCGGAUGGGCGAAAGCGCAAAGAUCAAAGUGACAACACAGACUCAAACAGACUAUUUUGAAAUUUACACAAAGCUGAAAUCACAAAUUGAAUUCACAAACCAACGACUCUCAAAAAUCGAAGCAAUUUACCCCAAUAAAGUGAUUCCUUCUUUUUAUCAGAUUCCACCAAUAGAUUACUCAUCUUCACCAGACUUAUUAGUCGAAGAAUUGACUCGAAUGAAAACUAAAAUGUCAUCGACUGUGUUUUAUACCCAAUUUCACGUUUACACCCUUUUAAGACUAACAGACUUGUGUAUCUCGUUGUAUAACAAAGUGUUACACACAUCAACAACAACAUUAAUCAGUCAAUGCGCAGACAUAUUUGGGAAUAUCGUGAACGAGUAUUUGAGAACAAAGGACAGUGUAUUAAAAGGUACACAAAAUGGGUAUAAUGACAUUCUUAAAAUGGUAGAAGAUGACAAAACUCUAUCGAACAAAGGACCAACAGUUGUGGAACUUAAAAAACUACGCGAUUUACUGACAUCAUUCCACUUGGCUUUCGACAUCUUGUUAAAUAUUUUGGAGACUACUUUCACACAUGGGAAGUACUGUAAAUUAACAGUCACCCUCUUCACGUGUUGCGCCAUGCAAAUAUUUUGGAGUAUCAGGUCAAGCAGAAACACUCACCUCUUCUUUUUGAAACCAAUAACUCACAUCGACUUGACUUCAACAUUCAUCAGACAAGUAGCCGUUGUCGCUAACUUUCCACGAAUAUACCGCACCGAUUCUUUUGGUAAAAUAUUUGAAGUCGCUUAUUUGUGCUCGUCGGGGAUGAUCAAACAACAAGCCGCCUAUUUGCAACUUAAAGAUAAAAAGAAGUUUGGUCCCAUCGUAGAAAUGAUGCGAACGGCAAAUUGGUGCCACGAGACGGUCAACGAGAAUUUAAAAUUUGGGACAAAAAAUGUCCACAAAAUCAACAAGACAGUCGCACAGAUACAAAGAAAGCCGUUCGAGGUGGUCGAAGUGAUUUUAAAUUCGAAAUUGAAGAUAUCAGGAAAGGUCUGCGAGCAAAUGGCGUUUUUCAUUUCAAAGAACCCAAAGGCAUAUGAAAGACUCAAAGAGAAAAUACCAUCUUUGCCAGACAAAAGUUGUGUCGAGUUGUUUGAUUUCUUCUCAGAAAACGUUCAGAAGAAUCAACAGAAAUACAAACAUUUGAACUAUGAGAGUCCGUCGGAAGACUUUUUGGAACAAUACACGGAAUUGGCAAGAGACACUCCUUUCAUGAGAGACUCUGCCCUUGUAUCUCCAAUUCCCCAACUCGAAAAAUUAAAGUUGGACGAAAAAGUUGAGAGCAGAUCUGAAACUAUUGAAAAGGAAAGAAUAGAAAAACUCUUUACGAUCAUGUACUUACGAACAGAUAAACGAUUUUAUGCCAAAAUCAUGAAACUCGAUAUACCACGAAUUGUAUAUGCAAAAAUGGUAAAUAUCCUCCCUUAUAUCCUUAUUAAACAUAUCGACAAAAUCCCUCUUUAUGAUACUAAAGGAAUGAUGGUGGACGUGUUGAAUGAUACUACACUCCUCUCAACGACUUUUUGGCAACAUAAGACCCCUCCCGUGUCGUCAAGAAAAGAGGCGAUUUCUAUUUUAAUUAGUUUGUCGAGGUCGUUGGCUAUUUCAACAAUCGAUUUGGCAGUGAUUUCAGCACUUUUAUUUGACGAAUUUUGUUAUACGAAAGAACCCUUUUAUUUGAUAUCGAUAGUCUCAUUCUUGUUCCGAUACGACAACAUCGUUUCACUUGGACUUGAAAAUCCACGAAUUUUGUUGACAUGGGGACAGCUCCCUGUCACUACCCAUUGGGGGAUAUUGAACAAGGAGUUGAUCAAAAAGGUCGAAUUGACAUUUUUCACAGAAGACAACAAAAUAUCAAAUGUUUUGGAUUCCAUUCUACAUGACGAAAACACGAUUCAAGCAACACUCAGACUGUUGGCUUUCUUCCAAAAUGUAUUUGAAACGAAAAAUCAAGAAUUGCUAUAUAAGUGGUAUUCCUCACAUGAAAUGCUUCAAUCAACAAAUCAAAUCAUUGUGGCUUACAAUCAAUUUUCACUUUAUUUGACUCACCCAAAAUGGCAAAAGGUCAACACAAAAAAAUUGAAGAAAUCGCGACAAGUCGGCUUCAUUCUUGCCACUCACCACAACAUCCCAGCUCUUCUCACUCAUCAGAACGUAUUCAUUUAUCUUUUAAAAACUCUUCUUGAAGGAAUCUUCGACUGUAACUCAGACUCUAUCAUUUUCCUCGGAAGCAUUAUAGAACCUCCUAUCGGGCAGUUACUCCGAAUAACAAUUUCGUUUCUAGUUUCUCUUCUAGAGGCUUGCACUGUCGAUGAUAUACCAUUUUUGAUCAAUUUAUUUGGAAAGAACAUUGUUCCCAGUAGUAAAGAGGAGUUCGAAGCGUUCAUUAAAAGCACGAAGACUAUUUUCGUGUCAAAACUGCAGUUCAUGGCGGACGCUGUCACCAAACAAACUAUGUAA